AUGAACAACAAUAUGCAUUUAAAAAUUUGUUUUAAAAUUAGUAAUAGAUAUAACAUUGAAAGUUGUGAAGCAAAUUUGUAUGGCUGUACCAUCAUUCAUGAGAUCCUAAAACAUUUUAUGGAUGAAUUAUUCUCAACAAAGUUUGUAUUAAAUGUUAUUUUUUUAUUCACUUUUGAAUUAAUCAACUCUAUUUGCUUUUCUAUUGGUAUUUGUUGCCUUAUAUAAUACCUUAAAUGGAAAAUCAAUGUCCAUAUGAAAGUUAUUUUCAAUUUUGAUGCAAAUAGUAAUGAGUUGGUAAUACUUAAAAAUAAAAGAUAACGUUGUUUUCAUGGAGUAACCUUAGGAAGUUUUCCUCAUCAUUACUUUCAACAUUUACUAACAGUUCUCAGAAAAAAUUAUGUAAUAAAUAAUUUUCUUGGAAUUGACCAAAAUGACCUUUAUGAAGAAGGGCUUGGCUUUAUAAAUGAGAAGUAUUUUGGUUUUCUUCUGGAUAUUUUAUUAAUUUCUUAGAAUCUAAAUCUUCAAAUUAAUGCAAAAAUGGACUAUUAUGAAAAUCACUAGAAGAUUAAUUGUAUAUUAAAACUUUCGAUAAAUUAAAGGAAAUAAUUUAUUUUUUGUUUUUAUAAAUCGUUUCUUGUCUAAUUAAUGGCAGAUUUUAGAUUUUAUUUAGAUGAAAUUCUAUCCUAUUUCAAAAGAGCUAUCCAAAUUAUCUCUAUAAAUUUGGAAAUCAUAAUUAAAUGGUUUUUAUAUAUUGAAUUUGAAAUGGAAAAAGAGAAUAUAAAAGCUGAAAAUAUUGAAAUUUUCUGUCAUUUCAUGGAAAGAGAAAAUUUAGAUGAUAAAGUAUUAAACGAAAGGCUAAUUUUAGAAUAUUAUGUUUUGAGUUAUUAAUUAUGUAGUUAUUUAAAGAUAAACUAAAAUAUUAUCAUCACUAAAGAUAUUCAAAUAAUUAUAUAGAUAAGCUCGUGA